CUUGUCAUUUCAUACCCAAGAUAUUCACUUUGUGUGGUCCAUCCCCCCCCUGCACGCAAGCCACACAAGUCGAUCCAGAUCCCUUCCCGAUUGCCGUUGAGAAGUGCAACGCCGUCAGAGUCUCCCCUGCAUAUUUUGUCUCAAUUCGGCAUCCGUACCCCUCCCCUUCUGUGCCUCUCUUGCCCUAUCCUCGACGAGGGGCCUUGACGCCACCUGCAAUCCUUUGAGAUAUAUAAUCCUACGUACCGCUGCGUUCCUUUUUGGCACCUUCGGCACUUUAAUGCCGUUCUGAGGGGACGCCAAAACCACCAACCUUACCACGCUUUACCGUCGAGACGUAUAUCAAGAACAACGGAAACAAAGAAGCUGUUCGAGAACGGGGGACGUUGAACAACCGGCUUUGACACUAAAUCGAAACCAUAAAAUAAGCUACCGUCAACCUUAUUUAUCAUCUACAUCUCAAUAUUCAAGAGCCCGAAACAUAUACAAAGUCAACAACGAGAAAAGACAAAACACACACACAUACCAAAACACACCUAUACAAAAUGGUGAAGCCGAGCAAGCUCCUUCCACCCGAUCCACGACCCUGGAAAGCGGAACCCGAAAAACGUAAAGAACGCAAAGAAUUCGAAAAGGAGGUCGCCGGCUUCGACUGGGGCCAGGCCAUCGCCCUCGGCCUCAUCGGCGCGACGGUCGCCUUUGGGAUCGACAACUCGCUCAAGCGCAAAGAAGCAAAACACGAGGAGGAGGACAGGAGGGAGGAGAGGCGGAGGCAGAGGGAGAGGCAGUCGGGGUCCCGCGCGCCGAGGAGCAGUCGCAGCCAGGCUGGAUAUGACAGAGACAGGGGCAGGAAUAGGGAGAGGUACGGCAGAAGAUACGACGACGACGACGACGAUGGCAGAACCGACGACGGGAGGAGUUUUCGGGAUGACAGGAGUGAUCGGGAUUACUACGACCCGGAUUGGCAUGAGAGGGAGUACAAGUCCGUGAGGGACUAUGCGCCGCCGCCGAGCGAUGUUUCUGAUGCGAGGGCGACGCGGGGGACUGCUGUGCGGGAGGAGAGUAUUAGUGUGAGGGGCGUUGGAGGGAGGGAGUACGUGAGGGCUGUGGACCAGUUUGAGAGGGAUUAUGGCUAUGGGGACCGUCGGCCUAGGUAUACUGAGCGGAGACGGAGUCAGAGUAUUCCUGUGUCGAGGUCGAGGGAGUAUUAUUCGAAUUGGUGAGAGUUCAGGAGAGAGAGAGGGUCCAGUGUGGGGUGUAUCCUCGGCGUACCCUGGUUCAACAUAAGACGCUGCAUCACUAAACGACAUUAUGAGAAUGAUUAUGAUUUGCAUGAGAUGGGGUGGAUUCUGCAUAUGGAAGACAUCGAAAACAGAUACAGACACAAUACUCUUUUCAGAGUAAGGAAUUGGGUCUUUUGUUGGAGCGAAG